CUAAUUUGCAAAUAACAUAUUGGACUUAUCAUACACUAAUCAAGUGACGCAAUUUAUUGUAUGAGAACCCCGCGAGAUUGCAGAAACGAAGACCAGUUCAGGAGGAAAUGCCAAAGAGGACGACCCACACGUACUCCAGCGAGGACGCCGCUCCAGACGGACCGGACUCCGAUCUCUUCGUUUAUUACUGCAAGCACUGCAGCUCCCAUGUCCUCAUCACUGAUAAUCAAUUGCAGAAAAUGCCCAAACGAAAAACUGACAAUGCUUAUGUGCUGGACAAGAAGAAGUAUCUUGCAAGAUUAAGUGUCAAUGAGGCAGGAAAAGUUCUGCUAAAGCGUGGUGAAGGGAAGUUGGAGAAGCAGUUCCGCAUGAAUUGUAAGGGGUGUGGUCUCUUUGUUUGCUACUGUGCAGAACCUGAUAUGGAUUCUGCCGCAUUUAUCUAUGUAGUUGAUGGUGCACUUAGUACUAUUGCUGCUGAAACGAAUCCACAGGAUGCCCCUGUUCCACCCUGCAUAUCACAGCUAGAAGGUGGCCUUGUUCAAGUGGCAAUAGAAGUGGAGGACCGUGCACAUCGCUCAGCUAUUACAAGAGUCAAUGCUGAUGAUGUUAGGGUUACUGUCACAGCACCAGCAGCUCGCGGAGAAGCUAACAAUGAACUUCUAGAAUUUAUGGGCAGGGUUCUGGGUCUUAAACUGUCCCAAAUGACUCUCCAAAGAGGUUGGAAUAGCAAAUCUAAACUUCUUGUGGUAGAGGAUUUGACAGCUAGACAAGUUUAUGAGAAGCUCUUGGAAGCAGCACAACCAUGAGGUUGCUCAAUAAUUGCACACCUGGACGAACCUAAUUUGAACUGCUGCAUGGACAAGUGUGUAGGGUCGAAAGGUGUUUUCUUCAAUUUCCUGACAUUGUAGAUUAGGAAUUCAGAUGCGCCUGUUCUGUUGAAUUGGUGAUUAUACUUCUUUGGUCAGUGUUUCACAUGAAUGAAUUUCAGAUGCGCCUCUUUUGUUUACUGUAUAUUUUAGUGCACUUUUGAGGUAUAUAUAUGCACUUUUUGUACAAUGAUACAUAUGUAUAUUCAACAGUUCGUAUAACGUGGGAUGAUCCCACGGUGAGCACCAUGCUCCCACUCCCAA